AUGGGUAUAUUUGUGAUAAUAAAGUUAAUAGUGAAAGAUUCUUGUACACUUAUUGCUAUUCUAACAAACUCUCUUCUCAUCUACCUAGCUCUCACAAAAUCACCACCAAAAAUGGGAAAUUACAAAUAUUUAUUGUGUUAUUUUUCUGUGCUUUCAAUAACCUAUGUAACACUGGAUUUCCUUGCGGCACCGUAUGUGUAUACGUUUGAAGCUAGUAGUGUACUACUUAUGGAUUUGAGGAAUACCAUUUUUACUGAAUACCCUGCAGUUGCGUUUUUAAUAAUUGUUUCUGCAUGUGGGUGUUUUGGAGCAACACUGGCAGCAAUUGCAAUCAAUUUCAUUUAUAGAUUGUGGGCGUUGGAAAGAAAAGGCCGGCUCCGAUAUUUUGAAGGGAAACUUUUAAUUGCUUGGAUUUUACUGUCACUGUUUACUGGAUUCCUUUCAGCUUGCGUAUUUUGGACCACAGGGCCUAAUGAUCAAAUAAAUAACUACAUUAGACAUAAUCUCAAAGAGGAAUACGAUCUGGAUGUUGAUCAAACAUCUUACAUUGCAUUUGUGUACUGGAAAUCUGAAAAUAGAGUAGAUUAUUUGAACAUCCUGGAUACGAGUAAGCUCAUGAUCGUGAACAUCAUUAUGAUAAUUCCGUUUUCGAUCAUAUUUUAUUGUGGUUUGAAGAGUUAUUAUCAAAUCAAAGAGUUGAUUUCAAAAGGGGAAAAUGAAUUCUCUCGGCGUCUGCAAAUGCAAUUAUACAAAGCAUUAGUUGCUCAAACUUUCAUUCCAACACUUUUCCUAUUUAUUCCUGUGAGUUUGUUCCUUGUUGGUCCAUUAAUUGGUAUCAAUGUCACAUGGGCUCUCCGAGCAGUUACAGUUUUCUUUUCAAUUUAUUUAGCCACUGAAUCCUUGCCCAUUAUCUUUUUGGUAGAUGAUUACAGAACAGCCAUUGCAAAUAUUUUCCGCCGAUGUCUCUCAAAACCUCAAGUGGCAACUGUUUCCGUCCAUGAUUCUGAUUGA